AUGUCGUCGAGACUCCAGGAUCGCAUCGUGCAAGACUUUGGGACGAUCACCGAAAGCUUCAUGAACGUACUUAAGAGCGCAAAGGGCACCACCCCAGGAGCCCUGCCCGAUGUGUAUGUUGAGCGCAUGCUGGUGGCCGCUGAAAACCUGCUGGCCAUCAACCGAGAGCUGAAACAGAAUGCAUUGCUGAAUGACUGCAGCUUGCGACGGCAACUGAACGCGCGCAAGGGCGAGUGGUCCACUGUGCGUGUGAAGGGCAAGCGCUGCCUGGAGCUGGGGGCCGGCAUGGGCCUCGCAGGCGCGGCGAUGGCUCUGAUGGGGGCCCAUGUGACCUUCACGGACUUGGAGUCGGUGCUGCCACUCCUGCGCCAGAACGUGCAGAACAACCUGACGCCAUCGGCCUUGAGACUGAGCGGGGCCGACGCCGCCGCCGCACGCGUGGGGACCGCCAGUGUGGCUCCCCUGGAUUGGGCGGACGCUGCUGCCUACGCGUCACUGGGGCCCCCAUUCCCGUUCCUACUGGCGGCUGACUGCAUCUAUGCCGAGGGCGCAGUGCCCCACUUCCUCGCGACGCUCCUGGCCCUGACGGUACCCUCCUCCCGUAUCCUCGUCACCAACGAAUUCCGGUCGGCCUCAGUCCACGCCGCGUUUCUGGCGGGGUGCGAGGGUGUGUUUACCCUGCGCAGAGUCCCCGUCUCCAAGCUGGACCCUGCCUAUGAGCACCCCGCCAUCCACAUCUACGCUCUGUCGAGGGCACGGCAGGCGGUGCGUGACCAAUCGGGGCGCAGUGUCUUGACAUAA